AUGGGCCCUAAACGUGGUGGUGUCCGUAGAGGGACUAGACAGUCGUCCCGACAGAGGGAACAGGAUCCCCAGCUCGGGCAAGAGGAAGUUCAUGUUCCUGCACCGGUACCUGAACCGGUAGAGCAAUCUGUUGUUGGAGGUUCGUCAGGAGCCGUACCUGCUAUGCCUCCUAUGCAGGGAGAUCCCCACUUUCAGCAGACCUUGGAGUUGCUGACUCAGGCUUUAGCCAGGACUGGGCAGCCCAGAGAUCCCUCCCUGGGAUAUGCUAAUCAAGUGAAGAGAGUAGGGGCCACUGACUUUGAUGGUGAUGGUACCCCAGCAGUAGCUAAGGAGUGGAUUGAAAAGAUGGAGCGGAUCAUGGAGGUCAUGGCUGUUCCACAGAACAGUAGGGUUACUUUGGCCACAUACUUCUUGAUCAAACAUGCCAGACAUUGGUGGGAUUCAGUCAAGAGGCGAUACAGGGAUCCUUUAGCUAUUACAUGGCAAGUCUUCAUAGCUGCAUUUGACAGUCAGUAUUACCCACAAGCAUACCAGAAUUUGAAGAUGCAAGAGUUUUUGCAGCUGGAACAGGGGAUGAUGACUGUAUUAGAGUAUGAGAAGAAGUUUCAUGACCUGUCUAAGUAUUGUCUUCCACUGGUGGAGGAUGAAAGUAAGAAGUGUCAGCUGUUCACUAUGGGGUUAAAGGCCUCCAUCCGAGAUAUUGUGAUUAGUCAGCGGUUGACCAAUUUUGGUGAUGUGGUGAUGUCUGCCUCGCUGAUUGAAAGCAGCCAGAUGAUGGCCAGACCACGGGGUGAACUCCGUAGGCAGCAGUUUGAAAUAGGUGGUCCUAGUCAAGGAUCAUCUAAGAGAGGCAGUUACAGCUCGGGAUCGUCCAGUGGUCGCAGCUAUGGAGGUUACCGACCUGGAUUCAGCUCCAGCGGAGGUUCUAACCAAAGUAGCAGCUCUGGAAACCGCUCAGGGGUUGGUACAGCAAGAGGUGCUGGAAGACAGUUGCUGUCAGGAUCUGGCAGGAGGAGUCGCCCCCAAUGUGCCAGGUGUGGUAGGUACCAUUCUGGGCCUUGCCAGCAGGGUACUACUGGAUGUUAUUACUGUGGACAACCUGGACAUUUUCAGAAGGAUUGCCCGCUGUUCCCGCAGACUAGAGAGACCACAGAUGCCCCAACUCCAGGGACAGUUAUACAGGGUUAA